CGUUACUACUCGGACGAUGGCGUCGCCCGAAGCGACGCGGGCGUCCAUCACGCAGCCCCACCCGGUGGACUCGUUCCGCCUCAGCCAUGCGACCAUGGAGUACGGCGAGCACCUCAGCAUCGGCCGGCCGCAGAGCCCGGCCAAGUCGCCCAAGCUACUGCGGUCCAUCUUCCAGGAGCACGGGCUCUCGGCGGCCGAGUGCAUCUUUCGCGUGCGCAUCUCGGGCAUCCAGUGCCGCAACCUCGAGUCGCGCAAGUUUGGCGGCAAGUCCGAUCCCUUUGUCGAGUUUUACUGGGAUGGCAUGGACAUGCCAUUCACGACGCCAGUCAUCAAGGGCGAUCUCAACCCGACGUACAAGGGCGUCACGAUCGCGUUCGAGUACAAGGAAAGCGUCGCGAUGCUGAAAGAACGCAAGUGCAGCAUCAAGGUCUUUAGCAGCCGCACGUUCCAGAGCAAGACGCUCAUCGGGUCGGCGGUCGUCGACCUGCUCUCGAUCGCGACCGGGCCGGUCCAUCACGACCACCACCUCGAAGGCUGCACCAACGGCCGCGUCGUCUUCAACUGCUACAUGGAGCAGUGCAACAACUGGAGCAUCUGCGUGAGCGACGUCGGCCUCGUUAUGCCCGCGAUCGGCAACGAGAUCGACCGCCCCGAAGGCCACGAUCUCCAAGAAGACUCGUCGCUGCCGCUCAAGAAGUACGCGGUCUCGUACAAGUGCACGAUCGGCACGUCCGAGUCGUUCCACCUCGGCAACACGCUCAAGCCCGCCGAGCGCAUUGCGAUCGAAGACGUCGACCAGAUUAGUUUCCAGUCGCUCGCGCGCCUCAAGGUCCUCUCGGCGCGGCCCAUGUCCCGAACCUCGUCGACCUCGACGGCCGUGCUGCACGACGACGAGACGAUCAUGCCGCCGCCCGCGCCGUCCGCAGACUCGCUCACGACCAUGAACGAAGACCCGAUCCACGUCGAGUGGACGUCGGCCGCCGACCACCUCCCGGCCAUCACGCGCUACUCGACCUUUGACGAGCUCAUGUCGGCGACGCUCAAGCUCGAGGUGCGCAACCUCUCGGGCGGUCGCGGCCAAAUGUCGUCCGACACGGACAAUGGCUUCUUGGUCAUGUACGACAAGUACAAGAAGGAGCUCGCCGAGACGGACGAGGACGUGGUCUUGGACGCAGAGCUGCCCAACACGGUGCUCUUUGGCCAGAGCUGGCUCUCGCUCGAGAAGCUCUUUGAAGAUGCGCUCCAGGAGCGCAUUCGGCGGCGGCACGAGACAAAAGACCGCGAGUCGGAGCUGCUCAUGCUCCAGAUGCAGCUCGACAACAGCGUGACGAGCCGGUUUGAGCAAAAUUUAACGCUCAAGGGCCACCAGGUCGGCGUCAUCCACGGCACGAUCCUCUUCACAAAGAUCCCGGACGUCCGGCAGCUCCGAAGCGGCGUCAUUUCCGAGAACGGCAUCUCGUCGUCGUCCAGCGUCAUUGUCGGGCUGCCGCAAAACCUCAAAAAGUCCAAGUCCAAGGUCAUCAUCCCGAUCGAGGCGCAGCGCAUUCUCGAGAAAAUGCAGGACCUCAUCGAGCUCAUGUCGAAUACGGCCAAAGACGACAAGGAAGGCAAGAUCCGCAAGGCGACCAAGAUCCUGCGCAUGCUCCAAGUGUCGCACAAGGCGUCGAUGCUCUCGUGGGUCUACGCGUCGUCGGAGGCGCUCGACGAGACCAAGGCGAUUCUGCUCCGCUUGUGGCAAUUUCUGCUCGAAAACAUUCGCGUCCGGCACUACGCGCUGCGCAACAUCUUUUACGAGCUGCUCUUUUACCUCGUCAAGCGCGCCGAACUCAGCGACUUGCCGCUGCUCGGGUUUGACUCGGUGACACCGGCGGCCGUCGGCCUCUUCCGCCACCAAGACAAGACGGCCAAGAAGGACCUUGAAUUUGGCUUGAAGUUGCGCUCGAUGCUCGUCGAGACCAAGUUCUGCGUCCUCCAAGCCGUCUCGGUGCGCGGCGUCAUGAACAACAACUUUAUGUUCUUCGUUGCCCGCAUGCUCUCGGUGCUCUGCUUUCGCCUCCCGAGCUUUGGCGUCGAGCUCUACUCGCUCUGGGCCGAGUCGUAUAUGGAGCCGGUCGAAGAGCUCACGGAAGAAUUCGAGAUGAACGCGGAUGCAGAUCUGUUUGCGAUGGAUGGCCUCGAAGCGCACUUGGAUUGGCGUCGGUUCCACAAGGCACUCUGUGACGCAUACGGCGAGAAGGUGCUCAAGACGCAGGAAGACGACGCCGAAGACAAGUACGAAGUCGUCGGCGAGGCGUACCGCGCGCGGUUUCGCCGGCUCCCCAACGAGACCAACACACUCAACAUCUUGCUGCUCGACCAAUGGCUGUGGUACAAGAUUGGGUGGGUCCACCUCCCGGGCUACGCGCAAGUGCUGAAAGUCUUCUUUCUCGAACUCAAGGGUCAAAAGUCGGGCUGGCUGCCGCCGACCUUGUACAAGCUCUCGUGCACGAUGCUCGCCAACCCGACGAUCAUCAACCCGAUGACCAAGUUCUUGCUCUCGUCGACGAACGUCCACGACAUUCCCGCGGUCAUUGGCGUCGUCGAGCUCCUCGGCGUGUGGAUGUAUAUGAUUCGGAGCUGGCGCGUCCGCCUCUCGUCGUACCGGCUCUCGCACCUCGAGAACAACGACCGCUGGAACUUUCACCAAGACGCGCAAUACUCGAUUCCGGCCGGCGACGAAGUCUCGCUCCUCCCGCCCACGUUUGAUUUUCGGUUCCUCUGCUCGGCGCUGCACAUUCUACUCGAGUCGGAGCACACGCAGAUCUUGCUCACGACGCUCGAGUUUCUCUACAACACGUGGGACUGCUUUCCGGAGCGGCACGCCGACAAGCUCCGAUCCGAGCUCGCGACGCCGUCGACGUUCUUCAAGCUCUUCCUCCAUUGGCACAGCGAAGUGCGCCAUUUCUUCCAUACGCUGAUUGCGUUCCGGGCCAUGAAGGCCCACGGCUGGACGCAGCGCGGGUCGUCGUUUGUCGACACGCCGCCCCAUAGCCGCCGGUACAUUGACGCGGUUGGCGCCGACUUUACCUCGUCGCUCGGCGCCGAUGAUGUGCCGGCGGAGAAGCGAUCGCGCAGCUACAGCGCGAGCAACAUCAUCGAGUCGGUCUCCAAGCGCCUCAGCUCCGUGUCGUCGUCGCCGCGCGCCAUGUGGAGCUCGUCGCCGCGCCAGGCACAGUCGCCGACGACCGUCACCAUCACGGUCGCGUCGCCCAAUGGAAGCUACUCGCGCGGCUUCCACUCGGCGUCCAACUCGGGCGCCAACACGCCGACGGGUGGCGACUCAAGCAGCCGGCGCAGCUUCAACGAAGAGUCGGGUCGCAAGGACCGGAAGACGCGGUCCGUCUCGGAAGAUUUCUCGCGCAAGGAGCUUAGCGGGUCGACGAAAAUGGACCCAAAGAUUCAAGUCGCGUACCAUCGACUGCUCGAGUCGGUCUAUGUGGCCGCCAAGGUCUACGCCGAGAAGCUCUCGGACGAGAAGACGAAAGGCGUGGCCUCGACGCCGCUCUCGACACCUGUGACGUGGAAGAAGAAGGGGUCGCUGCUCAAGCAAGGCUUUCUCUACAAGAACCAGUGGAAGCCCAAGUUCUUCUCGCUCCGAAACAACAAGCUCGGGUACGCCGACAGCGAGAGCGGCAAUGUGAAGCGCGAGAUCAGCGUGAUUGGCGCGCGCGUGGGCGAGAUGGCCAACCAGAUCGACCAGAGCAACGGCAGUCGCACGAUCCUCUUCAACUGCUUUUACGUCGACAAUGGACCGACCGCGCGCCUCCAGCUCUGUGCGCCGUCGUUUGACGAGCGUCGCGAGUGGAUCGAAGUGCUCUCGCAGAACGCGGCCGAGACAGAAGACAAGCAAAAGGAAAAAUCCAAGCUCAGCAACGAGCAGAGCGCCGAAGCCAAGUGGGACGUGCUCAACGACAAGCUGGAAGGGAUCUCGGGCCUGCACACGGCGAGCGUCGAGAACGUCGCGUCGACGCUGCUGCCGUACACGGUCCAAGCCACAAAAGAGUGGCUCAACUUUCGCGUCGAAGCCAUUGACAUCGAUUCACGCAUUGCAUCGGGCCAAGAGUUUUCGCUGCCGAUCCUUAUCUCCAAGUCGUCGACGUACGCCGAAGACGUCUAG